CUGCUAGAUGUAAACAUCAACUCAUCAGUGCAGGACUCAGCACAUACGUAGCAUUAACGCUGACCAGAGAACCAGCGAGGAAGUAUCAUGGGUCCCAGAGCUUCAAGUAACGUGGAGUCGCCCCGCAGGCUGUUCCCUGUUCUACUCAUUGUGGCCUGGAUCGUUGGCUGUGCAGUGAUUGUCUACUUUGUCUUUGCCUAGGAGAGAAAUCUAUUCCAUGUGCUUCAUUUUGAAACAUGUUUCCUUCAAAACAUUGGACAGAAGACAAUGCCAAGACCAAGAAAUUUGUGUUUACAUUGAUUUGAAAUAUGUGUAAAAUGUGAAUUUCCUAUUGGGGUUUUUAUGUCAAUUCAGUCUUUCUACUACAUUCCUGUUCAUAAAAAAAUAUAUUCAGUUCAAAUGUGUAUGUUUGCACUUGAAAAAUAGAACAAGGGACAGAUUGUGUCUAUUAUCCUUUCUUAAUCUCUUUUUUUGGCCUACAAAUAAACCUGACAGUUGCUACGGUUUGAUGAAGAACCCUUGAUAAAAAGUC